UCUUUCUUCUUCUUCAUAAUUCUUGAGCGAAAGAGAAACGAUGAUACCAUCAUCUCCUUUCAUUCCAUUCAUCUUCUUUCUCUUUUCCCUUUUGACCGCAGCAGUUGUGCAAUCGAAACAACCAUUCUUUCCAAGUGCAAUUUACCAUUCUUCAUUGAAGAAAGAAUCCAGCAGAAGCCCUUCAAAGCCAAAACCAAUACUACCCUACAAAACCAGAUAUUUUCCUCAAGAGCUAGACCAUUUCACUUUUCAACCACAAAGCUACAAGAUUUUCUAUCAAAAGUAUCUCAUUAACGAUACCCAUUGGCACAGAGGAGCUCCAAUCUUUGUCUAUACUGGAAACGAAGGAAACAUCGAAUGGUUUGCUGAAAACACUGGCUUCUUGCUUGACAUUGCUCCAAAAUUCAAAGCUCUCUUAGUCUUCAUCGAACAUAGGUUUUAUGGGGAUUCAUUGCCAUUUGGGAAGGAUUCAUACAAAUCUGCGAAUACUUUGGGAUAUUUAAAUUCUCAGCAAGCAUUGGCUGAUUAUGCAGUUUUGAUUAGAAGUUUGAAGAAGAAUCUCUCUUCUGAUUCGUCCCCUGUUGUCGUUUUUGGUGGCUCAUAUGGAGGAAUGUUGGCUUACUGGUUUAGGUUAAAAUACCCACAUGUAGCAAUUGGUGCAUUAGCAUCUUCAGCUCCAAUCUUGCAAUUUGAUAAUAUAACUCCAUGGACUAGCUUCAAUGAUGCUAUUACAGAUGAUUUCAAGGAUGCAAGUUUGAAUUGUUAUGAAGUGAUUAAGGGCACUUGGCAAGAGCUUGAUAUCCUAUCUUCUAAAAAAGAAGGGUUAGCUGAAGUCAGCAGAAUUUUCAGAACCUGCGAGAAACUUCAAUACAUAGAUUCAGCUGCAAAUUGGUUGUCUGAAGCUUUUAUAUACACAGCCAUGGUAAAUUAUCCAACCAAGGCCAAUUUCAUGAAGCCAUUACCAGCCUACCCUGUAGAAGAGAUGUGCAAGAUAAUAGAUACAUUCCCACCAGGAACUAGCAAACUUAACCGGGCUUUCGCUGCUGCAAGUUUGUAUUACAAUUAUUCAAACACGCAUAAAUGUUUUGACCUAGAACACGGCAGCGAUGAACAUGGCCUCAAUGGUUGGGAAUGGCAGGCUUGUUCAGAAAUGGUCAUGCCUAUGACGAGUUCUAGCCAGAGCAUGUUUCCUCAAUAUUCUUUCAGUUACGACGAGUUUUCAGAUCAUUGCAAGAGCUUUUACGGUGUUAGGCCUCGUCCCCACUGGAUAACAACCGAGUUUGGUGGCAAUAAUAUUGAACAAGUUCUGAAGAGAUAUGGAAGUAACAUCAUAUUCUCUAAUGGUCUGCAAGACCCUUGGAGUCGAGGCAGUGUUCUUAAAAACAUAUCGGAUACAAUCAUAGCGCUUGUGACUAAGAAAGGGGCACACCAUGCUGAUUUUCGUGGUGCGGAUAAAGAUGAUCCGAAGUGGCUCAUUGAUCAGAGGAGGCAAGAAGUAGACAUCAUUCAGAAAUGGUUGGACGAAUAUUAUCGAGAUUAUGCGUAAAUAGUGGAAGUUAUCGGAAAGUUGGCCUGAGAAUCUGGUUAAAUAAAAAUUAUAAGAUAAGAAUUGAGAUAAAUCAACAUGCUAGCAUGCAUUUGUAUCUGUUAUGGACAUUGUUGAUUCUGUUAAGUUAAAUGAUCAAACUUUGAUAUAUAAUAAUCAUAAUUAAUGAUGUUUGUAAGA